GAAAAAGGGAAAGGCAUCUGAACAUAAAGAUCAGCUCUCCCGGCUGAAGGACAAAGAUCCUGAAUUUUAUAAGUUUUUGGAGGAAAAUGAUCGCGACUUGCUGAAUUUUGAUGCUUCAGACAGCUCUGACGAGGAGGAGGAGCAGUUGCACGUACCACCUGAUACGCUGGAGGAAGCAAGUGACGAAGAUGAGGAAGAAGACGACGAAACAGUUAAACGGAAGAAAGUUGCUUUCAUUUCAGUGAGCCUGAAAAUGGUUGAAGAAUGGAAAAAAGGUGCAGAGAGAGGGCUAACACCAAAACUUUUCCAUGAAAUCGCUCAAGCCUUUAAGGCAUCGGUAGCAACCACUAAAGGAGAUGAUGGCGGGGCUGAUCCCAGCAAGUUUCAAGUCACCGAUGCUGCGGUGUUCAAUGCCCUUGUGUCCUUCUGCAUCCGGGACCUCUUCCGCUACCUGCAAAAGCUGCUUCAUCCGAAACCCCCAAAGAACAAACUAAAAUUGGUUCUCCCUUCCACCAGCCCACUUUGGAGCAAGCUGCGACUGGAUGUAAAAAUGUACCUCAACUGUACCAUACAACUCCUGUCUUGUUUAACGGAAGCCUCAGUUGGUGUGGCGGUUCUUCAGCAUGUCAUUUCCACAGUGCCUUAUUACUUGUCCUUUCCAAAGCAGUGCCGUGCCCUCCUCAAGCAAGCAAUUCAUUUGUGGAGCACAGGUGAGGAAACAGUAAGAGUACUGGCCUUCCUUGUGCUGAACAAGAUCUGCCGCCACAAGAAAGAGGUGUACCUCAGUCCCUUGCUCAAGCAAAUGUACAUCGCGUUUGUGAAGAAUUCCAGGUUCACCUCUCCCAACGUCCUGCCUUUGAUCAACUUCAUGCAGCGCACGCUGACGGAGAUGUACGCCCUGGACACGCAGACCUCUUACCAACAUGCCUUCAUCUAUAUCCGUCAGCUUGCCAUUCACCUGCGCAGUGCAAUGACCGUAAAGAAGAAGGAGAACUUUCAGUCUGUUUAUAACUGGCAGUAUAUCCACUGCCUGUAUUUCUGGUGUCGGGUGCUCAGCACGAUCUAUCCCAGUGAGGUCAUGGAGCCAUUGAUCUAUCCUUUGACGCAGGUCAUCAUCGGCUGCAUAAAGCUGGUACCAACGUCUCGUUUCUACCCUCUGCGCAUGCACUGCAUCCGCGCGCUUACGCUGCUGUCUGAGAACACCAGGACCUUCAUCCCAGUGUUGCCGUUUAUCCUGGAGAUUUUCCAACAAGUAGAUUUCAACAAGAAGCCAGGACGUAUAAGUGCCAAGCCUAUAAACUUCGCAGUGAUCUUGAAGCUUUCCAAUGCCAACCUGCAGGAGAAGGUCUUCCGAGACGGACUCAUUGAACAGCUCUAUGACCUGAUGCUCGAGUAUCUCCAUGGCCAAGCCCACAGCAUUGGAUUCCCAGAGCUGAUUCUCCCCACUGUCAUUCAGCUAAAGUCUUUCCUGAAGGAAUGCAAGGUUGCCAACUACUGCAAGCCUAUCCGGCAGCUCUUGGAAAAACUGCAGGAAAAUUCUGCCUACAUCGCCAGCAAGCGUCAGAAAGCUGCCUUCGGCGUGGCCAGCCGGGAGUCUGUGGAACAGUGGGAGAAGCAGGUCAAAGAGGAGGGGACACCUCUGACCAAGUAUUACGCUCAGUGGAAGAAGCUAAGGGAGAAGGAGAUACAACUGGAAAUCAGCGGCAAAGAAAGACUUGAAGACUUGAACUUCCCAGAAAUUAAGCGUAAGAAGCAAGAUGAACGCAAGGAGGAAGAUAAGAAGGAAUUCAAGGACCUCUUUGAGCUCGACAGUGACUCUGAUGAGGAGAAUGUUGGAUUCCCCAUAAAAGGCAAAGCCAAGCAGGCAUCAGACGACAGUUCAGAAGCAAGCAGCAAGGAGUACGGCGAGGAUGACGACGAAGAAGAAGGAGAGUAUGAAAUUGAGGAGGACGAGGAAGAAUUGGAAGGCGACAGUGACUCAGAAGAGGAAGGCAGAGAAGCCACCGCGGUUUCCCCAGCGUCACAGAAGCAGAGGAGCCGCCCUCGGAUGUCACGGUCUGAUCUCGAACAGCUCGCCCAGGGAGAAGAGGAUGUUGUGGAGGACUUGGCUUUCUCCGAUGAUGACUGA